GUGUUUUUAAGUAGAAUAUCACUAUUGCUUUAGAUUUUUAUCCAGAAUUGUGUGGAAUGUUUUAUUCCCUCCUUACCCCCUUCCUCUCUCCCCCAAUAAUUUUGUUAACUUGGAUUUUAAAACCUAGUUGCUGACUCAAGCAGAAGUGGCAUGCAGGCUCCUUGAGCAAAUCGGAAGGGGGCAAAGCCUUGUAACAUUUGAGUUGCUGUCUGUGAACAAGCCAUCUGUGCUUGCUGUCAGACUCUGUGGUUUGUCAAGGAGAGAAAUCAAGAAGCUCUAGGACCACUAUAGAACUGCUUGGCCUCCUUCCUGGGAGAGGUGGCUCUUGGUUCUGGACAGAAGGCUGUCUUUGUUCAGUCAGGGUGAGGUGUAUAUUGGGAGGCCACAGUUUCACACCACAAACUGUAAGUGGUGUGAACAAGUUUUAAGACAAACCAAGGUUUUCAAAAGCCUUAGAAGGCUGUUAGAGAUUUUAAAUAUCUAUUUGGCUUAUUUACAUGGAUGCACAAUGCAAUAGUAUACUUGAUAACUGCUGUAUUGGUAACUUGAUCAGCUGUCGAGAGUUUCAAAUUGCAGGUUGCAUGUGAUGAAGUACUUCAAGAAGAUAAGGGAAGAGAGGAGUGUAGUCUGAGGAAUGUUGCCUCAAUUCCAGUUCUGCUUGUGUCUCUUUGAACCUGAGGGGAAAGCGGACAUACUCUUCUUCUUUCCACCCUCAGAUGAAGGCAGAAAAUUCAUUUCUUCAGUCACCUUAAAGUACUGGUUCUGCAUGUCCUGCAUUAUUCAGUGAAACAGGAGCCACCCUUCUCUUUAACUGCCUAGUCAAGUAAUGUGACUGCCAUUGAACUGCCUAAAUCGCCUAUAAUGCGCUUGCAAACAUUGUGUUAAAUAACCUUUAUAGGGAAUAUAACUUGCGUUGGAGGUGGUAUAAACUUCAUUCCAAACCAGGGAAGAAGGAAAAAGAGAGAGGGGAGAUUGAGGUGGAUAUCCAGUUCAUGAGAAGCAAUUUGACAGCCAGCAUGUUUGAUUUGUCUAUGAAGGAUAAGUCUCGGUCUACAUUCGGCAAGUUGAAAGACAAGUUGAAGGGAAAGCGGAGCAGCGGACUGUCAGACACAGUAUCUGCCAUUGUUCCUAGCAUAACACACUCAAUAGCUGACAGUGAGGAUGAGUCAGCUGAGAAAGAGAAAGAGAAGAAAAAAUUUAAGAUCAAAACCCUGUUUUCCAAGCCUGGCUUACAGAAGAGCUCCCUCUCCCAGUCCAUGUCUGCUCUACCUGCAGUCCAGCCAGUCACAGAGAAAGUGAAGCUUAGACCAGGUGACUUUAAGUCCAGUUGGUAUGACAACGACGAUGAUGAGGAGGACGAGAAAACACUUACCCCAGUCUCAGAAAAGAACUUUGAUGGCAAAGCUGAAGAUACAACACUUCAUCCUCCUGCCAUUACGGCUUAUAAGAAAACGGCAAGUGUGGAUAAGCAGCUAAACCAAGCAGCUUCCAGCAGCACCAAGAAAGAAGGACUAUCUUUAUUUGGUGGCCUUAAGUCCAAAAACGAUCCCGUCUCCCGCUCAAAUGUGUGUAUCAAUGGCAGUCACGUUUACAUGGAGGAAUGUGAAGCCAUGCCAAAAGACAGCACUCCAUCCUCAUCCCCUUCCCCUCAGACCUUCAGGAAGAAACAUCUGUAUGCGUCUGAAGAGAACUUGUCUUCCAAAUCUGUUAAGGGGCCUGAGGAAUUGGAAAAAACUAACAGAGCUUUAUCUGGGUCUUCAUCUUUGGAAACCUUUAAAUCUUUGACAUUACCAUCCUACAAAUUGCUUAGUGGUGGAGACUCUAUAGAAAGCAGUGUUUCUUCAAGUGCUGACAGCACAAAAGAGACCAAGAAACCUGCCUUGUUGUCUCUGGUUACAGGAAAAAAGGAAUUGGGGAAAAACACUGAUGUAGAAAAACUUACAGAUGUAACUGUGAAGGAGAAAGAUGUCAAAGGUCCUGAAAACCAGAAGAACGAGAGCGAGGCCAAGCCUGUAGAAGUCCCGACAGCCCUGCCCAGAGAGAGCCCUUCAGAAAGCAGCAGCACAGCAUACAUUCCCAGAAACAAGCAGUCGCUCAACCCUUUUGGUGAAGAACAGAAACCUGAAAAGCCUGUAGCCUCUGCGAGGACAAACCAAACCAAAGUGGUUAAGCCCAGACUGGGCGUGUCUUCAGAGGAUGAAACCGAAGCCACGCUUGCUACUUCUGCACCCGAUUGCCUUCCUGCUUUCACUGCUGCACAUCAUGCCAGUAGUACCAAUAAUCCUUUCGCUUCCAAAAUGGGACAGAAUUUCAGUGUACAAACCUCUGAAAGCAUUAGUAGCCCUCUUGUAUCCCUUUCUGCUCUGCAGUCUAGUGGCAAAAACCCUUUCACUCCUAACUGGGGCCAGGAGUCCAAAGCACAGGACUCCCCAAGUUCUGCUAAUUCUUCUCAUCCUUUUUCAGCUUCUGUUCCCAAGUCAGUUCUCUCUGCACGUCUUACUAAAAAUGACAGUAACCCUUUCACUUUCAAAGGGGGACAGGACUCCCAAAAAGACGACUUUGGAAGGUCUUGCAGUCCUCCCUUGUAUUUCUCUCAUCCUGCUCCUGCUGUUUUGGUGCAUGGUUCUUCCUCUCUCCCGUCUGUUUAUCAUGCUAACGACAAUAACCCUUUUACCUCUGAAGCAGGACAGGAAUUGGAAGCAGUUACUUCUCUUGCUUCUCCCUUCCCCCCUUGUGCAGCCUCUAGCAUUCGCUCUUCUACAGUGGAGCAUCCUGCUAGCUCAGAGUGCUCUUCUGUUUCUUCAGACAAGCCACAGAACGAGUCUGUAGCUGGUAAUGCAAAUACCGUGCCAAAAUCUUUAGGGUUGCCGUCAGACAGUUCUGUAUCUCAGUAUGAAAGAGUGGAGGCAACUCCAAGGAAACAAGGUGGUGGUAAAGGGGUGCAAAUAGAAUCAGCCUUCAAAAAAAAUAACAAAGGAAAGAAAAAAUCCUUGACCUUCAGCUUAGAUCUGGAAGAUACUUGUAUAGGGAACAGUGAUGAGGAUUCAGACAGAGAGUGCCCUGAUCAAUGUGAAGAAGUGACUGCUACAGGUGAAAUAGUAACAGCCGAGAGGGCAGGAUUUGCCUCUGCGCGUAAUACUGUGCAUGUCCUUUCACCUGAACCCUGUGAUGAGCAGGUGAAUUCUCAUCAAAACAGUAAAAGGGCUGUUUGUGGUGACAUGGAAACUGGCAAUGCAAGUGCUGAAACCUGUAUGGGAGAGAGCAAAGAAUUUACUUCUCUCCCCAAAUCAAACUCUAACCUUUCAUCUGGGAAUGCUGUAGUACAGGCAUCCUCUGCUACGAGUAAAAUAAAUGAGGAGCUAGAGACAAUUAGCGAAGAGAAAAGGAUCCGGUCGCUCGGCAUGGGAGAACAGAAGCCCAUAUUCAAAUCUGUGGCAUCCCCUGUUGCUGAAGGAGACUUGUCAGAUCAAGUAGAGCCACCUAAACCAACCCCAAGGGUUCGCACAUUGCUCUCGAUGGAAGCUGGCAAGGCAGGGGAUGUCUCUGAGCUCAGUCCUCUCUUUGUCACGCCAAAGCCAGCGCCGAGGAAUGCUGCAAGAAAACCUAAGUGUGCCUCUGAUUCUCAGCCUAGCAUAGCAAAAGAGAAAGAGAUGCUGUCUUCUGAGAGGACAAAGAUGGCAUCUGGAGAUGUAUUGUGUAGGGAGAGGCCCUCAGAUCCCUCUGAGAACCUGCUAAGUGAGAGUUCAUUAAAAACUGCUGCAACUUCAGCUGUGUUUUCUCUUGAAGGAGUGGCUAGCAAUGAUGAAUGCCUAAAAUGCAGCCCUGACCAGCACGAUAUGUCACUGUUGGACCUUAAGUCUGCUGUUCCUGUUCUUGGAGAUGGCAGUGCGAAACCUCUUGGUCUUCCAGUUAUUCCAGAAGUGGGCUCGGACGAUGAGCAGCUGGACGACAACCAAAAGGGCAGUGAUGUGUCUGCACCUGGCAACAGUCUUCCAAAGACUGAAAGUGAUCCAUUGCAAUUCACAGAGGAAAUAAAGCAGAGUUCAAGUACAAACUCUUUUGCUGAGAAAAUACCUAGAGUGCUUCACAAGACAGAAGAGAACCCUGAGGAUACUGGUGAAUCUGUGGAAUCAUCCAGACUAACUUCAGUCGACAUCUUUUGUGCAAAUAGCAAGGCAGGUUUAGAUGCAGAGGUUUCUUAUUCCAAAAAGUGUGGCUGUGACUUUGAGGAAGGUGGUAGUAUUAACACUGAGGAAGGAGCAGGUGGUAAUGUUUUGAAGCCCCCCGUUUCUCCUCACUCUUUAUCCAAUUCUUCCCAGCCUUUGUCUUAUUCUCAAUCUCUCCAAUCUGGCACUUGCAACAGUAAUAAAGCAGAAACUCCAAGGAAGCCAACAGCAGAGGGCUUCGAUGAUAAAGCAGAAAGUGCUGGCAAGAAGAAGCUGCUUCAGGCAUGGGUUUCACCCUCUGAAACACAUCCCAAUCAAACACAGCGGAGCGGUGGAGCUGUGUUUACUAAGCACAGACCUCAUCCUGUCAAGCCAAUGAACACCACGCCUAAAAGCUUCAGCAUCACCAGUAGUGUGACUGAAAAACGCACCGAGAUCAACCCAAAGAAAUAUGAUCCUUCAGACCCUGCUUAUGCCUAUGCUCAACUGACGCACGACGAGCUGAUCCAGCUGGUCUUGAAACAGAAGAAUGUGAUUACCAAGAGAGAUCUCCAGGUGCGGGAAUUGGAGGACUACAUUGACAACCUGCUUGUCAGGGUCAUGGAAGAAACCCCCAACAUUCUUCGGGUUUCGUCUCAAAUAAACAAAAAGGCUGGGAGGAUGUGAGGUCUCAGUCAGCGAGCCUGAAUAAAGGCUUGUGUUCACUAAACUCCAUAUGUAAAUAACAUGAGGUAGCAGCAACUCUAUGGGCUACCUACAAAAUUACUUUCUUUCCUGUGUCUGCCAAAAGCAGAUAUUAUGUACCUGGGAACUGGUUCGUAAUUACAAACAGGUCUUCAAUGUGUGAUCCAAAACUGAUAAUCAGGCAACCUGUGCUUUUUGACAUGCUGUCAAUAUUAGACCACUGCCUGCAUGGCAUUUUUAAGAAAACUAGUCCAAGACCAGAGGUGUAAACCUUCAUGUGAAGGAUUUUUAGGGGAACUUUUUUUUUUUCUUCUUGACACUGGUUCCAGCCUAUUGCGGUUUUUAAGGGGUGGUGUGUAAACUAGCUGCUUCUCAGCAGCUUUUGGUUGGACAAUGGUUUUUAUUUUAGGCCUUAAGUUGUAGUGCAAUAUAAACCACCAUGUACACUAAUGCUUCAAGGAUCUUAUUUUGUUCAAAGAGCUACGUUUGAAGGUGUUCUUUCCAGACAGUAGCUGGGUAUACUAUAUGGUACUGUUUCUAAAAAUAUCAUUGCCCCCCCCCCCCCCCAAAACAAAAGCAAAAAACAAAACCUGUAAAAUGGGAAGUUGUUUAAAUCUGCUUGAAGAUGGAGUUUUACUACCUGGUUGUUGGCAUCUGUUUUCGUAAGGGGGGGAUGUAGUUACAUUAAGCAGUGUCUAAGCAUACAGGCUCUUUUGAUUUCCUUUAGCAAAGCAACCAUGACAUAAUAGCCUGGUUAACUGCUAAAUCUCUAUAGAAGGCAUGAAUUUUAGAUGUUUAUGAAAAGUUCUGAUACAUGUCACAUCUCUCCUUGAAGUUUCUUGUUCUUACCUAGAACAGACCAACUGCACCAUCACAAUCUGCUCCUUACAUACAGGUUCGUACCUGUGUGCUUCUUAGUGCUCAAUUGGCUAAUCUUUGUUGUUUUAAAGCCUGGUUGUGGGGAUUUUUGUGCUACUUGAAUUAACAUAUUUUAAAUAUUUUGGAGUUUGAGAACUUAGUUUGGAACAAUUUUCAAUUAGUAAACAAUUUUCAUUUGGUUUAUAUAUGGUUAACUAAGCUGCAGUCAAAAGGGUGCAUGUUCUAAUUGUUUUCCCCAAAAUUAAUCCCUUUGUGUGUCAGGAUCUCAGAAAAGGGGUGUUGUAAUAGUAUAUAUUUUUUAAAAAACAAACAAGCCAAAGGAAAAGCAUUCACUGCUGUUUUGCAGGACAAUCGGUUAACUCUUUGAUUCUUUUGCCUUUUUGUUGGCUGCCACUUUGCUGCUUGCACAGAGAGGUAAAUGUGCCCUCUUGCCUAUUAGCUGGUGCCUUUUUUUCCCCACUGCCAGCUUGUCGGGCUUAUUUAAAUAAAACUUCUUGAGCAGACUGGUAAGCUGUCAGUAAAAAUCAGCAUUUGCUUGGAAGAGAGGCAGUGAGAUUUGGUUUUAAUGCUGCCACCCUGUUCUCUGUGGUAAUGGACUUCUGCUAAGCUAUUAAAAAAAUUAGUUAUAAAUAUGUGAUCAUAACUGAAAUUAGGCAGCUUGGAGAGUGAGGUGAGGAUUGGCGAUGCAUAGUACUUUGGAUAGUAAAUCUUAAACAGAAAGGGUAAUGGAAAGGGAAAGAGAGCCAGUGUCAAAGCUAUUGGAAGGUGAAAGGGUCCAUUUAAGUCUCUUCUCAAGCAUCUGAGGACUAAUUUUACCUAAAGAUCAGGAGGAACAGUUUUUAUCAUUCCUCACGUUGGAGCACUUUAAUUAGGAGCAAGACUAACUUAAUUUUCUGUUGCUUUGUAAUGGUGUCUGCUUUUUAUAUUUGUAUGAAACACUGGAAACCACCAUGAACUUCUCUGUCUACUUUUUAUAGUGAAGAAUAGUUGCAUAUAUUUGCACAGACCUAUACACUGACUAGAAGAGUAUAUAGAAAGUAUACAUGCUUUUUGCUUGCUCUUGCUUAAUGUUUUUGAUGGACCCAUGAUUUCCAGGGUGUAGUGCAGAGUAAACUCUGCCUGUCGUACCUGCGCCUUCUCUUGAAGGACAGCAGUGAGAGAACAUUUAAUAUGUGAAGUGAAGUUUUAAAGAAGGUCAUGUUCCAGUCUAUAAUACUGGGUAUGAAAUAGCAGCUUGUUUUGGAGCAGAUGGCCUAAGUUAAGGGGUAAGCUUUACUGUUUUGGACAUGCCUUUAAUUGAAUCUGGAGCAUUAGGUUUUUUAAACAGGAUCUUUGUUAGCAGCCUUUUAAAGUCUAGAUGGUACUAGAUAGCUUCCAUUGAAAACUGGCUAAUGCUGGGUUUUGUGCCUUGAAAUAAUGAGGAAGAUGGCACACUCUUUUUAAAAUUGCCUCUUUGUGCCUUAGUCCCUCUGCAGAGGGGAAUUUUUUCCAUACCUCAUAAAAAAUAGAUGUAUCCUUGGGACUUGAAGCUGGAGCUUUAUAACAGGUAUUUUUUUCAGUGCCUUGGACAAGUCGAGGAACCACCUGUAACUUUGAAAUGGGUGUUGUGUAUAAUAAUACAUGUUUGAUGUUGGUGUUCAGAAUGGGUUUAAGUGAAACUAACAGAAGUGACUGUUAGUCUCGUUUAAGAGAUCUGGUAUGUGGGUACUAUUCCUCCUGGAGCAGCUGGAGCCCUUGUAUAAUGCUGCAUCUGCUGCUUUAGAGAGAAUUAUUUGAGGACAUUAAUAGUUGUCCAGAAGUUGUGUUCUGCCCCCUGUCCCCUCCUCCCCCCCAGUCUGGGAAGAUUUUAAACCCUGAAGUUAUUUCACAGUCCGGUACUUGGUUUAUGUUAAUCCAUUUGAGGCGAGAAUAUUGUGCUGAAGGUGGGAUCACUGAAUUUUGAGAGGAAUUAAGUGUGUGCUAUGAAGUGUGUGCACUGAAGCUUGGUUUCCUUUGAUGUUGUAGUACAUCUCAUUGAGGUUUCAGGGUCCUCUGGGAACGGUUGUCCUUUAAAAGCCACACUUGUGCUUUCUUAGCUGUGUAGCUGUUGCACAAUUCUCACGUACCUCAAAUCUGUCAGUGGCAAUAGCUUUUUGAAGUGUCCAGGCAAAAGGGGAUUGGUACUUCUAUGUUAAGCAGGGUGCAUUUCAAGGCAAAGUGAGUGUACAGAGCCUUGAUAGAUGAGCUUCACUGAAGGUCAAUUACUGAAGGAUCUGAAUGUAUUUUUUUUAUGUUUUUUAAGGUUUUGCUCUGUUAGUGUGUGUACCUAUUAUAGAGGUCUUCUUUAAUUGACAUUUUUCAUGGAACACUAAAAUAAAAGCGUUUUAAAUUCCA